AUGAAUGUCUUCGGCUUGACGUUUGCAGCACUAUGCAAGAGAGAAGCUCUUUGUGGAACAAAACCCAGUGCUACAACGUCCACAAAACACAAACGUGCAGAUCUGCAAGGACUGAGAGGAAUAGCCAUCUUAUUUGUACUUGUGAUGCAUUUGAAACCAAAUUCAUAUCGCCUUGGAUUCGUGGGAGUGGACAUUUUCUUUGUCCUUUCCGGAUUUCUGAUGGCCAAGAUUCUCCUUGAGAGAAAGCUUACGUUGUGGACUGUUUGGUCUUUCUACAACCGCAGAUUCAAAAGGAUUGUUCCUCUGUACAUGUUAUUCGUCGUUUCCGUCUACAUUUGUAAGUUGAAAAUGCUUCUCGACUAUCUAGCAACAAUUCCGUCGUUGCCUACAAAACAUCUCUCUCAAUUUACGUUUGUUGACUGUUGA